AUGGGAUUGCCUCCCUACAGUGGACCAUUCAAGGUGGGAGUGCUCGAUCUCGAGAUACCGGUGCGAACGCCGCGCAGUUUCUGCAACAAUGUUGUUGAUCCAGGUGUUCUCAACAAGCCGGCUAAAAAAGCACGAAAUUGGGCCAGAAAGCAGGAUCAAGAGGCCAAGGAGAACCGUCAUACACAAAUCAAGAAAUGCGCGGCAAAGCAACAAGAUCGCGACACGCAAGUGCAGCAACGACGCAGUCAGAACAACGCUGAAUCUGGAACUGACACCAGCGGUACUAGCACUCGAUCUUCAACAGCUUACACGUCGAACUGUGUGUACUGUGACAGCAACCAAGAGCCAUGUGGCGACGACUGCGGUCAGGGGGAUGACGAUUCGGAAGACGCCCGAUCUGAAUGGUCGCCGUGGUCCACGGGCUCAAAGACAUGCACUCUGCAUUUGGAAACGGUACUGUUCACUAUAUACUAUCCAGCCUUGCCGAUGACGUUCGGUGCAUGCUGGAGUGAACGCUUUGCUUCAGCACAUCCUCAACGAGACGAUACCGAUCGAGCCGAUACAGGCAAUUUCGGCAAGCGACCGCCACAAUUACCCAUGAUCAUUUUCUCUCACGGACUGACUGGCAACCGUCUCAGCUACUCUCAGUAUUGCGGUGAACUCGCCAGCAAAGGUAUCAUCGUAGCCGAGAUCGAGCAUCGAGAUGGUUCCGGUGUUAGCAGCAUCUUGCGAGGCCAAGAGGCGCCCAACAAGGCAGAAAAGGGCGGAUGGCACAUGCCCCACAUGGUCGGACACCAAUCUUCUGGAAGACUGAAGGCUUCUGUACCGUAUUUGACAUUCGAAAAGAUUGGGUUACAUUCGUUUGCAGAGAAUCCUUCGGAGCGAGAGGUUCAUUUGCGUCGAGAUCAGAUCGAGAUGCGACACGCCGAAAUCGAGGAGACGUUCUACGUGCUCAACGAGAUCAAUGAGGGUCGUGGAUAUGAUAUCGGCAAGUUGGACCUCGAUUUUGUGACGCUUUGCGGACAUUCGUCUGGCGGUGCCACGGUGAUCGAGGUGAUGCGCCGGGAAAAUCCGUUCGCGAUUGCGACGGUUUUAGACCCCUGGGUCGAGCCAGUACGCGAUCCAGCCAAGGAAGAAGACGAGGUCAAAGGUCGAAUCGCCAAACCCAUCUACGUCUUGAAUUCCGAGUCGUUUACCGUGUGGGAGGAGCAUUUUGAAAAGUUGAAGAGGAUCUGCUUGGAUGCAAGAAAGGUGUCGGGUAGAGGAUGGCUGUUGACGUUGACGGGGAGCAAGCACACGGACUUUUCCGACUACCCUUUCUUGUUGCCUAGGAUCUUUCGGUCGACGGUAGAGCCAAGACAAACAAUCGAGGUGUUUUCGACAGCUACUUAUAAGCAGAUGGGGUUGUCACGUCAACGCUGUCGUGAGCAGGAGGACACGCCGGGAUACAAGGUCGACAGUCAAAGAUCCUUCAGAGAUGCUUCAUCGGCUUGUCUUUUGGGAACAAGUCAGACCGCGAACUUACUGCAUAUCGCAUCUCACGACGGGCUCGAUCACGUCGCAUCCCCAACACUAUUGAAACGAGGUGUAAUGCCUUUUCCGACUGGUGUCAGGGGGCUGAAGAAGCGUGGGAAUGUUCCGUCAUCCGAAACGAUGGUGUCGUCGGUGGUACGUGAUGUUGAUCAAGGCGGAAACAAGCAUAAAGCUCUCGAGAUCCGAGUCAAGGCCGAACAGGAACCAGCCAAGGUGGCGUCUAAAGUGGGCCAUCCUGAAAACAAAUUGCAGCGACCACAGGUCUCCGACUCCGACAGAGGUAGAGACAGCCACCAAAACCUCCGGAAAGAAGGCAAGCAAGACAUGGCUGAAGUAGGGCCAGAAGCGCGCGACAUGGUCGGUUCACGACAUGGGCAGACAAGCCUCAAUACUACGUCACGCGACAAUUCGAUGUUCGAUAAGGGCUUCAUCACUGACAUACGGUACCUCAAGAUGAUCGAUGCGGACCAAGACGUGCAACGCGUGCACGAGCAGCUGGAGCAAGUGGCCGAGCGGCUAAAAGACAAGAUAUGUCAUGGCCUCGGGGCUGAGGAGGCAGAAACAUUACUCAAGAGCAAGCAAGCAUGGCUGGUCCGAAAGUCCGCAUUUGGGACAUGA